CUUGCCUUGCCUUGACCUGCUCUGCUCUGCGCUGCUCUGCUCUGCUCUUGACCAAAAAGUAAAAGCAUACUCAUAACUGGCCGUCCUGCCCACUUUCUCAACAGCUUCCAAUUUCUUGGAACCACUUUCGCACUUACAUACCCCCUUCCCUCUUCAUAAUAUCGUCGUAGCUAUCUUCUUCCCUCUCUGAAUCACCUCUACAUCUCGCCCAGCAGUAAGAGUACAUAGCCCACCAUGUCAAGUGUCCAAGUCCAGACCUCCGUCCUUCACGGCGCGAGGGACCUCAAGAUCGAACAAAGACAACUCCCCGCCCUCGCGCCAGGCGAAGUCCAAGUCGCCGUAAAGGCCACCGGCCUCUGCGGCUCCGACCUGCACUACUACAACCACUUCCGCAACGGCGACAUCCUCGUGCGGGAACCCUUAACCCUCGGCCACGAGUCCAGCGGCGUCGUCACCGCCGUCGCCUCGGACGUCUCUAACCUCGCCGUCGGCGACCACGUCGCUCUCGAGGUUGGCCAGCCCUGCGAGGCCUGCGAGCUCUGCGCCGCGGGCCGCUACAACAUCUGCAAGGGCAUGAAGUUCCGCAGCUCCGCAAAGGCGUUCCCGCAUGCCCAGGGCACGCUUCAGGAGCUGGUGAACCACCCGGCAAAGUGGUGUCACAAGCUCCCCUCAGAAGUCUCACUCGAAUUCGGCGCCCUCGCCGAGCCCCUCUCCGUCGCAAUGCACGCCCGCGACCGCGGCAACCUCCCCAGCAACUCGACCGUCCUCGUCUUCGGCGCCGGCGCCGUGGGCCUGCUCUGCGCCGCCGUGAGCAAAGCCGACCAGCAGCGCGUCGUCAUCGCCGACAUCCAGGCGGACCGCGUGCAGUUCGCGCUCGACAACGGCUUCGCCGACGCCGGCGUCGUCGUCCCCGCGCAGCGCCCGCAGACCAUCGAGGACAAGCUGGCGUACGCGCAGAGCGUCGCGGAGCUGGUCAAGAAGGCCGAGAUUGGAGGAGCGGCGGUGGGCGAGGUGAAUGCGACGUAUGAGUGUACCGGCGUCGAGACGUGCAUGCAGACUGCCAUCUUUUCCACACGCCCAGGCGGCAAGAUCCUCAUCAUCGGCAUGGGCACCCCGAUCCAGACGCUGCCCAUCUCGGCGGCGGCGCUGCGCGAGGUCGACUUUGUGGGCGUGUUCCGGUACGCCAACACGUACCCCAAGGCCAUCGACCUCAUCGCCACGAAACCAAAGGGCCUGCCCGCGCUCGAGAAGCUGUUUACGCACCGGUACAAGGGGCUGAGCACCAUCAAGGACGCGUUUGACAUGGCGGCCAAGGUCAAGGACGAGAGCGGGAAUCUGGUGCUCAAGGUUUUGGUGGAUACGUCGAAUUAG